AUGAUUGCUAUUGAGGAAAGGAGUACGAAGGACGGUUGUGGUGUAUGUAUACAACAUGAGGCAAAUCGAUGUUGGCGUGUGGCGUGCGCGUUGUGGUUACGGGCCAAACGAGGGCCUCUUCUGGACCGGCGACUUCUCGUCGACACCUUUUCUCUGCGUCUCCCCGUCCUUUCCGACCGUUUCGUAGAAGUCGUACACGUGUCCCUCACAAUACACUUACAUCUGGUUAGAGUGGUUCUGCCAAUGCGUGGGCCGACUAUUGUGAGCCAUCAUCCACACAAACAGCGAAAGUAG